AGCCUGCACUGAGCACGAUGGGCGUUGCUGCGGCGCUCGACACAGCGGUUGCCAGACAGGCCUGCAGAAACGGAAACAGCAGGCGCACCGCGCAGCCCCUAGCGCCCCCCGGCAGCCGCGGCAGCUGUCAGCAGCGAGGCACGUCCCGCCGGGCAGCGGUGACGGCAGCAGCGGCGGGACGGGGCGGUGGCGCGGGCUCCAGCAGCGGCGCCGGCGGCGGCAAGGGCCCGUUUGACGGCCAGCGGCACGGCGGCGAGCGCGAGCGCAACCUGCUCAACGCCGUCAGCAGCAGCGACCGCGCGGGGUCGGAGUAUGGGGAGGGCUUCUUCCAGUUCCGGCUGUCUGGCGAGCGCACGCACCUGGAUGUGGACACGCUGAACGAGCAGAUGCAGAUCACGGGGCGGCAGCGCUUCCGCCACUCCAUGCGCCCCGACGAGGCCUUUGGCCUCAUCUUCAACUGGGAUAACGUGGUGGCCGAAACGCGGGCGCUGCAGCGCCAGGCCUGGCAGCGCGUGGCGGAGGCGGAGGGGCUGCCCUUCCCCUCCCUGGAGCGGCCCCAGCUGUACGACGUGCGCCCCGAGCGCGCUGCCACCGACGUGCUGAUGUGGACGCGCGACUGGGGGCGGGCGCAGGAGCUGGCCUGGCUGGUGGCCAGCGAGUACGGGCGCCUGCUGCUGGACCUGGCGCAGCCGCGCGACGGUGUGGCAGACUGGCUGCAGCUGAUGAGCAAGACGCGUGUGCCGUGCGCCUUGGUCACCACCAUGGACCGCCACACCACCGGCGAGCUGCUGGACAAGCUGGGGCUGCGCCACUACUUCACGUGCCUUGUCACAGCUGAUGACGACAUGGAGACCAUAUCGCAGCGGUACCUGUCGGCAGCCAUCAAGCUGGGGCGGCCGCCCAACCAGUGCGUCGUAUUUGCCGCCUGCCCACCCAUCCACCCCCGCCGCGCCGCACCUGUGAUGGAGGUUGGGCAGGCGGCAAAUACGACGCACUGGUUGGGCGGCCGCCCCAGCUUGAUGGCUGCCGACAGGUACCGCUGCGAUAUGGUCUCCAUGUCGCGCCUGUUUGCCAACCGCGGCUCGGAGCACAUGGACCUGCGGAACAAGUUUGUGGGCAAGACGCCGCCCAGGCGGCGGCUCACC